CAGGCCCGUGACGUACGUGCGAAGCGCCGCACUGCAGUUUGUAAAGUUUGCUGUGUCGCUAGCGGACCGAUGGACAGAAGUGAGUCCGUGUCCCGGUAACCGACCGAGCCCCAGAUGGAUGACAUCAAUGUACUACACCACAGAUGCCUCCUGAACCUAAGGCGUCGGAUCAGAGAUAUUGGUGAUGGGCGCCCGGCACAGGAGCGAUUCAUGAGGCUGCAGAAGGACGGAGACGCUCUCAGUUACCAAGGGAACUCUGAAGAAGUGGGUUGCUAUGUGGCUGGCCAUCCUCUAUCAAAGGGAAACUGUUACUUCGAGGUGACGAUAGUGGACACAGGGGUGAGGGGAACCAUCGCUGUGGGCCUGGUGCCUAAAUUCUACAGGCUGGACCACCAGCCUGGCUGGCUGCCAUACUCUGUAGCUUACCACGCUGACAACGGCAAACUGUACAAUGGAAACCCUGUGGGGCAGCAGUUUGGACCGAAAUGUGCUCGCGGUGACCGCGUCGGCUGUGGAAUCCACUCCGAAAAUACAGAAGCAGGUUUCUCAACAGUCUUUUUCACCAAAAACGGCAAAGAGGUGGGUUCAGUGGAGGUUCCUGUGUCGGCUGAGGGGCUGUUCCCCGCGGUAGGGAUGCACUCCAUGGGGGAGGAGGUGAAGGUUGACCUGCAGGCUGAGUGGUUCCUGGAGGAGGAUGAGAGCAUGAUGAUGGUUGACAGCCAUGAAGACGACUGGGGUCGGCUUUACGACGUCAGGGUGAGCGGAACGCUCUUGGAGUAUGUUGGCAAAGGAAAGAGCAUCAUGGACGUGGGUUUGGCCCAGGCCCGGCAGCCCCUGACCACCCGCUGCCACUAUUAUGAAGUGGAGAUCGUUGAUGCCGGGGAGAAGUGCUACAUUGCCCUGGGUUUGGCACGAAGGGACUACCCCAGGAACAGACACCCGGGCUGGAGCAGAGGGUCGGUGGCCUACCAUGCAGACGAUGGGAAGAUCUUUCACGGCAGCGGAGUCGGAGACGCGUUCGGCCCUCGCUGCUUCAAAGGCGACAUCAUGGGCUGUGGCAUCAUGUUCCCACGGGACUACAUCCUGGACGGAGAAGGCGACGUGGACGACUGGGAUCGGCCGGAGGUCCGUCCGGGUCCUGCAGGCGUCCAGAACGUCCUGUACCUCAACGCAGAAGAGGAGGAGGAGGAGGAGGAGGAGGAAGACGGGGAGGAGGCAGAGCAGGGUCAGGAGGGAAGGAAGGUCACGGUGUUCUUCACCAGGAACGGGAAGCUGAUGGGCCGGAGGGAGAUGCUGGUUCCCCCUGGUGGCCUCUACCCCACCGUGGGGAUGCUGAGCAGCGGCGAGAAGGUGAAGGUGGAUCUGCAUCCUCUCAGCGGCUGAGCUCAGGCACUCGGACUCGUGACGCCCUGCAAACAGCUGGCUGCGCUGUAGAGCUCACCCACGGUCGCCUAGCAUGCUGCUCACACUCACCAGAACACACGCAGAUCAGCUGCACACAUGCA